AAACACUUGGUUCCGCUUGGUGGUGAUGGUGCAUUGGGCGAUGGGACCGACCGACUUUUCUGCCCACCUACCUACCUAGAUAGUUGGAGCUUGAAGCUUGCAACAGCUCACUAUUGCAUGAUGCUUCGUCAUCCUCGACGUCGCCCAUACUCCCUGCGACUCAACUGCCGGCCCACGAUUCGGACGACGAAGAGUACACAGCGCAAGGGGAGAGUGAUACAGAAUCCGAGGGCCUGCCCAGCAACCAUAUGCAUAGCCACAACCACCACCACCACCACCACCACCUCAGGUCACCCGCAAACCCUGGCUCCAACUCAGCUCCGGAUGCCGGCGACGGCCCACGCCCCAUCCGCGACGAUAAUAACGUGAACGACGCCGACAUGCAAGAGGGCAUGCUCCCCAGGGACCUCCCCCACAAGACAGCAUACUACGACCUUGUCGCCGAGCGCCAGAUGACCCAGACGGACGCGAAGCUGUUUUACCAACGAAGCCAGGCCGAGACGCGCAGCCAGAUAUUCACCCACGCCCACGCCACACCCCAGGGGAGCCCGCUCAUGCCCGCCGCUUCCAGCCCCAUAUCGGCCCAGAUCCCGGCUGAUCUGACGUCCAGCGCCAUGUCCACUCUCCCAGUCUCUUUGAGCAAUAUGAAGCUCUCCGACCUAGACCCGGGCGCCGUCGCAGAGCAGAUGCUUGGGCAGCAGUUGCACAGGGACCCAAGCCACGUCGCCACGGGCAACCUACCGAGGGCCGGUAGCUUCGCCCAAAUCAAUAGUGUGGCCUCGGGCGCUGGGGUCCAGAUAGACCCUGCCGUUCAGCAGCAGAUGUUGUUGAAUACGGGAGCCGUUGCGGGCAUUGGCAGCAGCACCUACGUGGACGCUGACCCCCAGAUCACCGCCGAGCUAACCACAAUCUUCAAGAAUAUCCACCAGAUCCUCGACGCCCGGCACAAAUACAUGCGGCUUUCUCUGCAACGCCCGGGCGACAACCCCAAGGACGACCCAAGCUGGAACAUAUACCCCAGCCCCCCCGAGCCGGCUUGGACCGAUGACCGUGACAAGGCCAUGGGGGGGACCCAGGCCCCCAACAGCGUCAGCAACAGCUUGCAGAACAGCCUGGUGUUGAAUGUCGACAAGCACUCGGAAAGAGGCCCUGAGACGCCGCGCAAGUCAGCUGCCAAGAAGCGCAAGCCGGGCCAGGGUAUCGGCGAGGACUUUGACAUGGAAGACCUGAUGCCCUUGCCAGGCCAGAGCGACAUGGGGUUCCGCAUGGAUGGCGGCGGAGUAUAUCAGGUAUUCGAGAACGCCGAGUCAGAACAGGCCGGCUCUCCUGUUGUGAACGUCCCAACAAUCAGAGAGUUUUACCUAGACCUAGAAGAGCUACUCGCGACGUCCUCGGACGGCCCCAGCAAGAGCUUCGCAUUCCGUCGUUUGCAGUACCUCGAGGGCAAGUUCAACCUCUAUGUGCUGCUCAACGAAUACCAGGAAACUGCCGACAGCAAAAAGGUGCCUCACCGCGACUUUUACAACGUCCGAAAGGUGGACACGCACGUCCACCACUCGGCAUGCAUGAACCAAAAGCAUCUCUUGCGCUUCAUUAAGAGCAAGAUGAAGAAGUUCCCCGACGAGAUUGUGCUCUUCCGCGACGGCAAGCACUUGACCUUGGCCGAGGUGUUUGAGAGCAUCAACCUCACCGCCUACGACCUCAGCAUCGACACCCUAGACAUGCACGCCCAUACCGACUCCUUUCACCGGUUUGACAAGUUCAAUCUCAAGUACAACCCUAUCGGCGAGUCGCGGCUGCGGACAAUCUUCUUGAAGACGGACAACUUCAUCAACGGGCGCUACCUGGCAGAGAUUACUAAGGAGGUCAUCUCGGAUCUGGAGUCUAGCAAGUACCAGAUGGUGGAGUGGCGCAUCUCCAUCUACGGCAAGUCGAUGGACGAAUGGGACAAGCUUGCGGCCUGGGUCAUUGACAACAAGCUCAUCUCACCCAACGUCCGGUGGCUGAUUCAGAUUCCCCGGCUGUACGACGUUUACAAAGCUAGCGGCCUGAUGACCACGUUCGAUCAGCUUGUCAAGAACGUCUUCCAGCCGCUCUUCGAGGUUACAAAAGAUCCCACGAGCCACCCCAAGCUUCAUAUCUUUCUGCAGCGGGUAAUAGGCCUAGACAGCGUCGACGACGAGAGUAAGAUUGAGCGUCGGCAGCACAAGAAGUUCCCGGUAGCCAGCGCGUGGACCGCCAAGCAGAAUCCGCCCUAUAGCUACUGGAUGUACUACCUCUACGCCAACAUGGUGUCGUUGAACACGUGGCGCAAGCAACGCGGCUUCAGCACGUUUGUCUUGCGUCCCCACUGCGGAGAGGCGGGCGACAGCGAGCAUCUUGCCGUGGCCGCUCUGUGCUGCCACAGUAUUAGCCACGGGCUGCUCUUGCGCAAGGUUCCGCUGCUGCAGUACAUCUUCUACCUCGAGCAGAUUGGCAUCGCCAUGUCGCCGCUGAGCAACAACGCGCUCUUCUUGGCCUACGAGCGGAACCCGUUCCAUCAGUACUUCAAGCGCGGUCUUAACGUGUCGCUGUCAACUGACGACCCGCUCCAGUUUGCCUUCACCAAGGAGCCACUUAUCGAGGAGUAUGCUGUGGCGGCACAGAUCUAUAAGCUGAACUCGGUAGACAUGUGCGAGCUGGCCAAGAACUCGGUCAAGCAGAGCGGCUUCGAAUUUUCGGUCAAGCAGCAAUGGCUGGGUCCCAGCUUCCACCACCCCGGGGCGGCCGGAAACACCAUGGUCAAGACGAAUGUCCCUGACCGGAGAGAGGAGUUUCGCUAUCGGACUCUCUUGGAAGAGCUCAAGAUGGUGGAAAGAUAUGCGACUGGAUCCGACAAUUCGGUAGCAAGCGCCGCCGCCACUGACUACAACGGCAAUGUUCCUCAGCAUGUCGUGCCCAAGUCGCCCGCAUUAUCGUCAAAGAACAACACGCCAUCGGGACUUACUAUCGAAUCUAAGCAUCCGAGCCAGGUAUCAGCCUCUUCGAAUCUACACACUUCGAGCACUUCCCGGACAAGCCACCAAGUCGACACGGGCAGUCCGUAUAUGAGCGCCAUGAGCCAGCCGCAAAUAUUUUCCAACCCCGUGGUAGCCUCGCCGCUUGGGGCGUCGGCGUCGGAUAGAGAGGCGAGCGGCAACUGGUCUCCGGUCGAGGCCACACGAGAGCCGCAUCUCUCUGGCAACGAACCCAGAUACUUCCCUGGCGUAGUAUCGCGGGGCCCGCGGAGAAACAGCACGCGGCAGAGCUCGAUGCACGAGAGUGACCAGCACGCCCCAAGCAAAUGAAUUGGAAGACUGAUGACAAACUAUCUAAU